AUACAUAUGUAUACUAAUAUACGUUUAAGAAUUUAAUUGAGUCUCACUAAUGUUCGAUUGUAUCUGUAUGUUCACUUUUUAACUGAAUUAUCAAACUAGUACUUUUAUCAUCGUCUUAUUUAACAAACUACUGGUGACUACUGGUGUAUUAAAGAAAUCGAUCAGUCAACAAAUCUUCAAGAAGAUUAACUAUAUUAACAUUAUAUUAAUAAUCUAUUACAACAAUAACAACAACAACAACAACAAAAAAGAAGGAACAGAUGAAACGAGGAAAACGAUCAAAUAGUGUGGAUUAUUCAAAUGAUAAAGAUAUAUUUUUUCAAUGUCGUGGAAAAAAACUCGGUAUUACUGAAAUCACUGAUAAUGAAACAUUUUCACGUUUUUCAGCUGAUCAAAUUAUAAAAAAACAUUUAACUAAAAGUCAUACAAAUAUUAUUAUUAGUUGUUUACAAGAUAAAAUCAAAUUUAAUAAAACUUCAUCAAUUAUACCUCAUUCAACAAGAAAAUAUAUAGAAUAUAAAGAUAUUAAAAAUUUCUUUAUAUUUACAAGUAAACCAGGUGUAUUUGUAUUAUGUAAACAUGAUUCUAUAACAAAUAAAAAAACUUAUGAAAGUUUUUGUUGUGAUGAUCCAUUGGAUUUAGAAAAAUUAACACGUUUAGUUAGUUCAGCUAAAAAUAAUUCUGAUUAUAGAUUAUAUAAAAGUUAUAAUACAUCAAGAUCAACUAUUGAUAUAAAUAAUGAAAUAUCAGCUGCUGAAUUAUUUGAAAGUAGUACAAAUUUAAAUAAUGAAUCAUUAAGUUAUCAAAGUGGAUUUUUACGUGAUACAGGAUCACCUAUAACUGAAGCAAUAGAUCAUAAUGAAAUCAUUCCUAAUACUUCACCAUUUUCUCCAUCACAUACUUAUAAUAAUUUAACUUCAGUAUCAAUUAGUGAUAUGCCAAAUGAACAUGAUACAAAUGGUUAUAUUGAAAAUAAAUCAAAUAUUAAUAUAAAUCAUAAAAAAGAUUUAUAUAAUUCACCAAAAGGAAUGAUUUCACCUCCAAUGAAUGAUCAUUUUCAUCCUUUAAUUGGUUAUCAAACAAAUAAUAAAAUGAAAUAUAAUCAAUCAAAUUAUCAUAAUAAUAAUAAUGAUACGACACCAGUAAAUUCACGACGUCAAAGUUUAAAAAAUCUAUAUAGAUUAGAUAAUGAAAAUAUUUAUACUCAAAAAGAUGAAUUAAUUGCAAUGUUUGAUAAUGAUUUAACAUUUCUUACUUCAUCAUGUGGUGAUGUUGUUGAAUCUGAACAUGGUUCCAAGUAUUUAUUUUGUCAAUCUGGUUUAGAAAGACUUCAAACUUAUGAAGGACCUUUAUAUGAAUCAAUAACUGAUUAAAAUAAAAUGAAAAUAUCUAUAUAGAUAUUGAUCAAACUAUAAACAUUUAUUCAUUUUUAAUAUGAAUAAUUAAACAGUAAUAAGUUCAAUUUAUGAAAUUUCUUUUUGGUAAGUCAAUUAAACAAUGUUUACUGAUUAUAAGACUGUUACAUUAUGCUUUAUGAAACUUAUAUUCUUGAAUACAUUUCAAUGAAACAUUUAAGUUAACUUAAACUGUAUUGUCUUUAAACUGAUAUUCUAUAAUAAUCUCUUCCUGUUUACCUGUUUCUUCUUUUUUUUGUACUUUAAAUUAUAUUAGAGUAAUACAAUAUUGAAUAGUC